AUGACUCGCCCUAAACCUAAAAAACGGAACCGAAGUAAAAUAGGAGCAAGGGCCUACAAAAACUAUUCUGAAGAAAUGCUCACUCUUGCAGUUGAAAUGGUCCGUAACAAAAAUGUGUCAUCUUAUGACGCAGAAAAACAAUUUGGAAUACCACGUCGUACCAUAGAAAAAAGGGCAAAAAACUUACACACUAACAAACCUGGUCCACGGUACCGAUUUACAGAGGAAGAAGAGCUCCAAUUUGUAAAAGUGCUUAUUGUUGCAUCUGAAUUUGGAUGUCCAUUGACACAGUUGGAUUUCCGUAUGAUUGUAUUUGAUUACCUUAAAAAUAAUAAUAAAGCGUACAUUUUUAAUGACAAUCCUCCAGGUGAUUGGUGGGUGAAAAACUUUUUGAUAAGACACCACGAUAAGCUUACCGUGCGAUCUACACAAAACAUUAAAAAAGCAAGAGCCGAAAAAUCCCUUCAAGAUUUUAAGAUCUACUUUGAAAAUUUAAAGAGCUGUGUUGAAGAUUUGCCGGCAACCCAUAUACUCAAUUACGACGAAACAAAUGUCAGCGAUGACCCGGGGGCAGUCAAAUGCAUUUUUCGCCGGGGAAUCAAGUAUCCGGAAAGAACAGUAAACUACUCAAAAGGUUGUAUUUCUAUAAUGUUUUCCGGAACAGCCAGUGGUGAUCUUUUAGCUCCGUACGUCGUCUAUAAAUCUGAAAAUAUGUGGACACAAUGGUGUGAUGGAGGUCCAGAAGGGGCGCGUUAUAAUCGAACUAAAAGUGGCUGGUUCGAUUCUGGCAUGUUCAUGGAUUGGUUCACUACAAUAGUAAUACCAUGGGCUCAACGUCUGGAAGGACCGAAGCUGGUUAUAGGAGACAACCUUUCAAGCCAUAUUAACGUAGAUGUGGUAGAACUUUGCGAGCGUCACAAUAUUAGGUUCGUGUUACUACCACCAAAUUCAACGCAUUUAACCCAGCCUCUGGAUGUUGCAUUUUUUGCUCCACUUAAACGAACGUGGAGGAAAAUUCUUAUGAAAUAUAAGAUAGAAAACCCAAAGCAGACGUCUCUCAAUAAAAUCCACUUUCCUAUACUUUUAAAACAAUUAAUUGAAGAAGUGAACUUAAAUAAAGCCGAUAACUUGAUCAGUGGAUUUAGAGCAACGGGCAUAUUUCCAUAUAAUCCACAGAAAGUAUAUUCAAAAAUUCCGGAAUACUGUGAAGAGAUCACUUAUGACGUAGAUAAAUCUUUACUUGACUAUCUAAAAGAGAAUCGGAAUCCAAACCCAAUAAGACGAAAUACAAAUAAAAAAAUGUAUAACGCAGCUGGAAAAUCUGUCACAAGCUGGGACAUAAAUAAAAACGUAACCAAGAAAAACACAAAGAGUAAAACUAGUGAAAUAACAAGCGAAAGAAAUUUUAUUGCAAACAGUGGUGAAGAAGUAGUGCAAAACGACAUACCAGAAAAAAAGAGGUCAAAAAUAACUAUUCUCUCAGACAUUAGAAUACCGCCAAAAACAGACAAGAAUAAAAAAACACCAACGAAAAAAAUAAAAGAAGCUAAAGCUGGACCAUCCGGUAUUACGAUAAAAAGAAAUUUACAAAACGCUUGGCCAUCUGUUCUAAAGACAAUUUUGAAAAAAGAUGUAAAAAGGAAGGGUAUAAGAACCAAAAAACUCCACGAUAAUUCUUCGGAUUCAGACUCUGACUGCUCUGUGCAGUAUGCAGAUUCUUCGGACUACGAUUCAAUUGAAGACAUGCAGGACUACUUAUUGAGACAACUGACAGAAGAUCAGAAAAUGGAGGAAAAGGAAAAAGAUGAACAAAUGACCGAAUUGGAAACGAAAGGGCAUGAAACAGAAAGCUUGAGAACAGAAUAUGACAAGGGGAAAGAAGAAUGGUUAAAACAGGAAAUAGAGGAUCAAAUUAAGGAAUUGGAAAAAAAAACGAUAUGA